AUGGCCAUGUCGUUACAACGGACUCCGCCACAACAUUAUCUGUCGGAUUCUGACUUGGGAAGGGAUCCUGAUAGCGACUACAUCCCCACAAGAAAACGCAAACAUCAGCUAGACUACGACGAUGUGCUUAGCGCACUAGAGAACAAACUGGAACAACAUCUUAGCACAAUGAACGAAAAAAUUACUAUGAAUAUUAAUAAGUGCGUGUCAACGGCGGUGAGUGUGACCCUAACACAAGAGCUAUUAAAGUUAACUGAAACUAUUGAGAAACUCAAUGUAACUACACAAAAUCUUUCGUUGGACAAUGUCAAAAUAAACAAAUCAUUGGCAGAGGUGAAUGAGCGGCUUCUUGAAACGGAGAAAUCCUUACAAUUUGCUCAUGAGACAGAUAAGGACUUGGAGACACGACUUAAAUCAAUAGAAGAAAAAACUUUCCACCAUAAUGAGUCCCAAAGAUGUUUGAUCGAACUCGAGAACAAGAUUUCUGCAAUGGAACAGCAGGCCAGGCAGUGCAACAUUGAGGUUUCAAACCUCCUGGAACGUCGCAGUGAGGACCUACUUCACCUCUUCGAGUGCAUAUGUAAGGAGAUCAAUUAG